GUCGCGACGAAUGCACCCAGCCUCCCAGCCAUAGAUAAUUCGCCCGUAUGCACUCACUCACUAAGUGUAAGACACUAAUGGACGCCUCCCUCCCUCACGCAAUCAAUGGAUCCAUCCAUCCAUCCAUCCAUCUCUCCAUCAAGCACCGCCACCGCGGCCCUUCUGUGUCCAAUCCAGUGAAAGGUCCGAUCCCCAGUCGAAGUAGUCGUCGCACAGCCACCGUGUCACGAAGACGCCGUCCUCUGUCGUGUUGAGGCAGUGGCUGAGAUAAUUUACCAAGAGGUACGUGAAGUGCACUGACAGACACAGCACCAGGCCAAACCAGGUGGAAAAGUGGAACCGGAAGCGCAUCUUCCACGCCUGAGACAGUCCCAUCGACGAUGUCGAUGAGAACAGACUCUCCGGCUGCUUGUCGACACCGCUGCCCAUCCUCUCGAGGUCGGGCGACUGCACAUCUCCUCCUCCUUGCUGCUGCUGCUGCUGCCGGCUCCGAUCGGCUGUUGAUGAGCAUGAGCAGAGUGACUUGAGCUUCUUCCAUGGCCCCACCAUGCCCGGCAGUGAGAUGCCGAGUCCGCCGGGGAGCGCCGCAAAGAUGAGGUCGCCCACGAGCUCACCGAGGAUCUGAAUCGUCGCCUGGGUCAGGAUCGUCGACGUGCUGAACUCUCCCUGCCACACAAACAGUCAGACAGAGUGUGUGUGUGUGUGUGGUUGUGAAGGGUGGCUACCUGGUCGCUGCCAAUGCCGUAGUAGAGGAGGAUCAUGGGCGCGAGGCAGACAGCAUAAGUCUCGGAAAGAAUGUGUGAGAGCGGGACCAUCUCGUAGAACACCUUUGCCUCCUCCGUGUGCAUCAGGUGCCACAAAGCCAUGUCGCCCACGUCGUCUGGCGGGGCCACCCCACGCACGAACCCCCAAACCUGCCGAACCCUCCUCUGGCACCACUUCCAUAUCUACCAGCCACGCACACAGAGAGAGAGAGAGAGUAUCUGACAACAGAUGGCGUGUGCCAUGUUCCGUGUGUUGUGGGUCGUUGUGCGUAUAGCGCCAUGGAGCUGACCACGUUGAGCUUGUGUGCGUGGCCCGUGUCCAUCCGGUAGCAGAAUUUGAAGUCAACUGCAUGGACGAGAAGAGGUCGGAUGGACACAUGGAUGGAUGGAUGCGAUCUGAUCUUCCUUCCUUUGUGUGUGCAGGUGAGGUGACCUACUGAGCUCGAACACCAAUGCCGCCAGCUCCCCCAAGACGCCCAGCCUGCACCCAUCCAUCCAUCCAUCAAGAUCGUCCGUGCAUGUGCGCUCGGCUGCAUCCGUGCGUACAGUGGAUCAGUCAGGGUGCCUUGCAGGACUCGUGUGACGAGCAUCACAUAGGCCACAACGGGCGCAUAGAAGAUGUGCCUGUCCGACGGCCGGAUAUGGACCAUCAUCAGGGCUGUCCACCGCACGAGGACGUAGAAGACCUCACCGCACACGAAUAUCGCCAGGCGAAAGAGCAAAAAGUACCAUCCCUUAUAGCCCAGUGCGUAGGGCACCAGCACCUCGAUGCACAGGUACACGCCGAGGGCAUCGAUGGUCAAGUUGAUGAAGGCGUUGUAGGGGAACUCAAUGGGACUCCAGUACUUGCUCACAAACCCAAUCCACACAAACCAGGUGACAUAGAACCGCAUGGACCAAACCAUGUCCCCAGUGUACUUCUCAAACACGACGCCGUGCCAGCGCGACACAUAGUCGGCGACCUGGACGAGCACGAUGACGAGUAUGUGUAUGAGGCCGCCAAUGUGGACGACCAGCCUCCCGCGCUUGGUGGGGUUCACGCCAGGCACACGGUUCAGAAUCAUCGAAAACGCCACUAUCGACACAGACACAGACAACGUAUACACCUGCACACAGACAGACACAGAGAGAGGCCCAGGUGAGGUGGAUAGCAUCCGUGUUGACCACUCCCUCUCUCCCUCCCUCGUUGCUUACCGUGCCCGACCAGACGAAGGUCGGGAUGGUGUGUGGUAUCUUGUUGACCUCCAUCAAGCUCUCAUGUGUCAGCUGCACCCCGACCACCAGGUAGUGGACCAGAAACACCAACACGGCGCCACACAGAGCCGUUCCCUGCACCCGGAUGACCGCCAAAGCCUCACGCCAUCUCGUCGGCCGCACCCGGCACGCAGGUGAGAGUGAGGGCGUGACGUCGUCGUCCAUCGAGGGCAGAGAGGACCAGCCGCCUCGGGGGGUCAUCAUCAGCUGGUCCUCGGUCUGCGUCAUCUCGUCAACACCGGCCCGCAGACACAGAUCCGCCCUGCCCGCCCGAGGCACCCUUCUGACGCCGACCCUGUCGAUAGGAGGCCAUGAGUCGCACCUUUGCAGAGGCCGUUGUGCAUCCCCAGUGCCGGCAGCGAGUGCAAGAGGGGUCGCCGCCUGAUCUUCAUGACGGUCGUCGUUGUGGGGAGGGAUGGGUAUGCAUAUGAGCUGCGCCUCCUCCGGGAACUCGGUUGGCGGCAGAGUGGGGCUGCUGCUUGAUGCGAAAGACCACUCAUCGUCGAGGUCAUCGUCGUCUGGCUCCUCCUCUGCUGCUGGGUUGAGCGAUGCAUCCUUCUGGGCCAGCAGAGCUGUGCUGAAGCUCAGUCGUGGCAUAUGACGACAUGCAGGCUCAGCUGGAUGGACGGCAGCAACAGAUAGAUCAGGCCAUUCACUUAGUCGCGGGGCACUGCGGCAGCUGUUCCAUCC